ACAGGCGAUAUGCAGUGUCUGUCAUGCUGGGCCACAGGCAUGGACUUUCCCUACAGUAUCCACCAUCAGAAGCUCGCUCUCGUCCUGCUUUCCCCAUUGGAGUUCCAUGUUGCCAUUCUCUACCCGCCUGCAAUCCACACUGAACGCCCCUUCUUUUCUCGGCUUUGCUUAGCGACGGUAUUGGCUGUCAGGAACAGGAACGACCACCACGGCCGAAGAGAAGUGUCGGCCAAGAGAAAGAACCGGGUUUCUCACUUUUAUGUAUCAUUUUAGAGUUUUUAUUUAAAAUAUACAUUGUCUUAGGUAUUAGAAAGACCAUUCGGAAUGACAUUGAAAAGGGCCCGCGUACGUUUUUGUGUUUCGUUCGACACCGUGGAGCUCAAGGGGGAUAUGUGCCUGACUUAUCUUGAUAGCCAUUUUUUGCAGACAAAGAGAACUGUUGAGUAGUGUUUAUAAAAGACAAAAGGGUCUUGGUCUCCUAUCCAUGGAGAAAGUGGGCAAGAUGUGGAGCAACCUGAGGAGCCGAUGCCAGACCCUCUUCCACAGUGACGGUGCGGGACCCAGUACAGAGAACAGCGUGGUGGAGGUGGACAGUAUGCACUGUGUGGUUGACCUGGGACGGGGAGGCAAUUCAGGCGAGGCCCAGGCUUCUCGGGCCUCUAGCCUGUCCCGAAGCCUCUUGCCGCUCCCCAUGGUUACUGGAGGACGACGUCACAACUGUGUGUCGGACAUCCCCCAGAUAGUGGAGAUCACCAUAGACAGCAAAGACAGUGAGGAUGCGAGGGGGGGUCGUGGGGGAGUCCCUAUGGCCCGGAGAGACUCGUACUCACGCCAUGCACCUUGGGGGGGCAAGAAAAAACACUCAUGUUCCACUAAGACCCAGAGCUCCAUGGAUACAGACAGGCGGUCAGGGCGCACGCGCGGGGCCACUGGCCGGAGGGAGCGUCGCUAUGGGGUCAGCUCCAUCCAGGAAAUGGGUGACUCUGGGGGCGGAGGGCGCAGUCUGAGCACCCGUUCUCUGCGCCAGCGGCUUAGCGAUACAGUGGGUCUGUGUCUCCCCCUUCCCCCCCGCCGCCGCUCACGCUCCUCCAAGACCCCCACCAUCUCCAAGCGCAAGAUCCACCUGACAGAGCUGAUGCUGGAGACCUGUCCCUUCCCCCAGGGCUCGGACUUGGCCAACAAGUGGCACCUGAUCAAGCAGCACACGGCGCCCGUCAGCCCGCAUUCCUCCACGGCUCUGCUUGACGCCUUCGACACUGCCCACCCCUCCCCUGAGGAUGAGGAGGAGCGUCUGCGCGAACGCCGCAGGCUCAGCAUCGAGGAGGGAGUGGACCCCCCACCCAACGCCCAGAUCCACACCCUGGAGGCCUUGGCGCAGGGCUCCUCUCUGUACAAACUGGGACCAAAGAUGGCCCCCGGCAUUGCAGAGGCCUCUGGGGAGGCCCGGGGCGCCACGGCCAGCUGCUCAGGAGGAGGGGUAUCGGUGCAGGUGCUCGGAGGGGCUACAGCCCAGCUGGCUGACUGUGACUCGGAGGAGGACUCAACCACCCUCUGCCUGCAGGCCCGGAGGCCCAAGCAGCGGCACGCGUCCGGGGAUGGCAAUCUGAGCCGGAACCAGCCUGGGCCAUGGAAGGUGCACACCCAGAUCGACUACAUCCACUGCCUGGUACCGGACCUGCUGCAGAUCACUGCACUGCCCUGCUACUGGGGCGUUAUGGACCGCUACGAGGCGGAGGCACUGCUGGAUGGACGGCCCGAGGGCACCUUCCUACUGCGCGACUCGGCCCAGGAGGACUACCUGUUCUCGGUCAGUUUUCGCCGCUACAACCGCUCUCUGCACGCCCGCAUCGAGCAGUGGAACCACAACUUCAGCUUCGACGCCCACGACCCCUGCGUGUUCCACUCAUCCACCGUCACAGGCCUGCUGGAGCACUACAAGGACCCCAGCGCCUGCAUGUUCUUUGAGCCACUGCUCACGUCGCCGCUCCACCGGACCUUCCCUUUCGGCCUGCAGCACCUGGCACGCGCCGCCAUCUGCCCCCGGACCACGUACGAUGGCAUCGGCGCCCUGCCACUGCCCCCGGCCAUGCAGGACUUCCUCAAGGAGUAUCACUACAAACAGAAAGUGCGCGUGCGCUGGCUGGAGUGGGAGCCGCCACUCAAGAUCAAAUAGUGGCGGGGCUCCGGUGGCCUGUGCGCGCCGCUGCGGGCUUAGUCAAAACAGGAAAAACUCCCAGCCAAUCAGGAGAGGCCAUACUGAACAUGGCACUUUUCAGUCAGGCGGGGAGGGGUAACUGGAGGGGAGGAGUUAGGUAAAGUGAUCUAUCGAAGAUUCAUUCUAAUCUCUUUUGUUUUAGUUAUUACUUACAUCACAUGGAAUACAUAUGUAUGAUUAUAUUCAGUAUAAUGCUGUCUGGCAAGCACAUUUUUAGUAUUGAACAGGUUCAGAACGGGAGAGCACAAGCCUUCAUGCUUUGUCUCCCUCUCUCCUCUUUCAUUCUGUCAAAUGUCUGCCUGAUCCCACAGCAUGAGCUGCCUGCAUGCCCCCCCUCACCCCCCCAGUCUCUAUCUAGGCCCACAUGGUUAGCUAGCUAUGUCGUACAGUUCACAUAUACUUUCUAUCCUUCCUUUUUUCCUAUUGCUAGAAGACUGCCUGGCGGGCAUCAUGAGGCUUGAGGUAUGGGAUUGACAGUGGCACUUCUGGAGGGGGGGUUUGCUGCGACUACAACUCCUACUGCAGCUUGUUAGGGCCCGUUUGGUGGACAGUCACACAGACACACACCCAGCCAUCAUCAUGCAUCAUUGAGUAGGCCUAUGUCGGAAAUAAGGUGCUGUUUAAGGGUGCUGUCCAGUAGGUCUUCGCCCCAAGGGCAAUGCGGAACGCAGCCAUGUCCAAAGGUGCUGCUACAACAUCCUGCUUCCGUACACCUAUAGGGAGCGAGGCAUACAUAGGAGUGUGUGUGGUCACUGUGAGUCCUUGGCUUUUAGAUAUCCUCACUGUCAUUUAUCUAAGCAUAAUCAUUGUCUCCCACCACCACUGUGUUGGCACAGGUGUACUGUUCUUCUAAUGGAACAAUACUAAUGAUAUUUGUCCUGGUGGUGGUUUUCUCACACAUGUCUGCCAGUGGCUCAAACUGGCAACAGAACAGGCACUUUGACAGUGCGUGCAGUUUUUGAACACACACACACACACACUGGUUAUUGUCUCAGGGUCUGGUUUGUUUCUGGACCUGUGUUCUGCCUUCAUGGUGUCACUUAUCUCUCUCUGUGGCAUCCACCAUGCUACUUAGGGUUAAUAUAAUUAAUGUCUGCUCCCUCUACAUACCAUUGAUAUUUUACAGUUAACUUGACUCCCCUUUACACAUUACAGCCACAGUCCCGCUUUAUAUUAUUAGUACCUGAAGGAGCUACAUUUGAUAUGCGCAUUGUCACUGCUGCUAGCCAUGCCCAUAAUAACCCAGCAUAUUGUGAGAGCUUGCAUCAGGAAGACGAAGACAACAAAGCGUAACCUAUGUGCCUUUUCAUAGAGCCUCCUGAUCUACUUAAAACUCUUGAGCCUGGUGCAUAGAAUACUCCAGCAGCACUUCCCACUCAUGUAGCCUUUUAAAUGGAUGAUGAGGAGGAAAAGGAAUGAUGAGGAGCAGGGGAUGAAGUGUGAGCUCUGAGCUUGCUCUCUGUUCAUUGGUGCACAUUCAAUAUUUUUUAUAUACAUAUUUACAUUUUUCACAUUUCUAUUUCAUCAAGAAAAUAUUGUCAAUGUUAGCUAGCUAGCUAGAAGUGAAUGCACUACUCCACUGUCUAGCAGUGGAGGCUGGUGGGAAGAGCUAUAGGAGGACGGGCUUAUUGUAAUGGCUGGAAUG